UUUCUUUUUCGCCUUGCAGAAGUGGACUCUCCAACAAUGGAAGAUGAUGCAGAAACAACAAUACUCCCAAACGAAAUCAUAUGCUCUGAAAUACUCCCAAGGCUACCAGUCAAGACUCUUCUGCGUUUCAGGUGUGUAUGCAAGUCCUGGUCCUCUCUCAUCCUCAACCCCGGUUUCGCCACCGCUUACCGAAACCUCUGCUCCGGGGAGAGAAAGCGCUCUCACCUCCUCUUCUUUACAUGUGAAUCUGAAUAUCCAAAGGAGCAACGCGUCUUCUCCGUUCAGCUCAACCAAGGAGGGAGCCAAAGACGAGCCACCCACGUUCUUACUUUGAAGCAACUAUAUCAAGCACAAAGCAGAAAGGGCUUGGUUUGUUUUUCCCUUUCUAAAACUUCGAGUUCUUACCUUGAGGUCCUUGACAACCGUGUUCAUAUAUUCAAUCCCUCAACUCGACAUGUGGUUACCCUCCCCCAGACUUCACGCGUGAAUCUCACGGUCUAUGUUGCACACCACUUUGGAUUCAGCUCUCUUACAAACGAGUACAAGGUUCUCCAAAUCCAAAGAUAUAAGCGGGGUUUAAUUUUUAACACUUUUGUCCUUGGUACAAGUACUACAUGGAGGCGAGUAGAGGUAGACCUUGCUGAUCUCCCUUUUGAUCCUCUCGAGUUCAAAUUUGAUACUAGCAGUGUAUCCACCUAUGGGGCUAUACAUUGGUUGCAUCCAACAUUGAAUAUUAUUGUGGCUUUCGACAUGAAUGGGGCUGAGAGAUUUAAGGUGGUACCAAUUCCUUAUGGUAUUGAUCUACAUGAUGCCCUCGUCAGACUAGAUAAAGUGGAUGGAUGUCUGGCUCUAAUAGAUGGGCGGAAGCAGCAAAGCUACAUGAAGGGGUUAUGGAUUUUGAAGGAUUACAAAAAUCAUGUCUGGGUUAAGGAGGAUAUAUUGUUUCCUUUUCAGAAUGAUAUAGUACGGGGCUUAGCCGAUCUUCGUUUGCAUCAAUACAAUAUGAAGACUAAAAGUUACAGGUUAAGUCAAAUUUUGUUGCCGGAAUGGAGGAAUGAUAGUCGAAUGUUGGACAUGCUGACUAGUUAUGAUGAAGGCAUUGCACCUUUAAGAUGAGACAUGCCUAGUUCAUUUUGAAGCAGGCAGGAUAACAAAAUGUAAAUGUACGUUUCUGGUCCAUCCUUGGUAAAGUUCAGUUCAUGUAUCGAUAAUAUAUGCCUUGGUACU